GGUCGGUACGGCUACGCUAAAUCGAACGCGCCCACUGAUUCACUGCGAUGGUUACUGUUUACCUUAUCAAUUCUGUUAAAACUAUUAAUUUUCAGUAAUACAGUUAUACAGUAAAUCAAUUUCGCACGAAUUCUAAGAAUGUCAAACGUUAUGCAGGAUUCAGCGUUUACGAAACCAGUCAUCGACGUGCAAGACUACAAAAAUGAGCCACGCAACUACACCGCCGAAAUUCGGCAAAUGAUGCAUGGUUUUGGCGAUCACUCAGAGCCCUUAUUGGAAACAGCGAAAAUCAUCGAGGAGGUUGUGUUAAAUCAAAUGCGAGCUAUUGUUAAAAAGGCAUGCGAAGUUGCAGAUAUGCGGGAAAGUCAUUUUGUUUCCUCGGAGGACUUCUUAUUUCUCUUAAGGAAAGACAAAGUAAAAUUGCAACGAUUGGUCAAUUACCUCAAAUUGAAAGAAUUCAAAACAUCAAUGUAUAAAACGUUGGAUUCAGAUUUAGAUCCUUUUACAGAUAUAAGUAGAGAUGAUGAGACUUCAAAGACGCCAUUCAUGAAAUUUUUAAAUCACAUUGAUAAUACUGGAGAAUUGUUGAAUGACAAAAAUUUAGUUGAUCAUGUCAAACAUAGAAGAUCAAUGAGAAUAGAAUUAAUGACUAGAAAGAUGGACGAAGCAAGGUACUUGGAAUUUAGCAAAGCUAGAGCUGUUUCAUUUGCAAAUAAAAAUAGGCACAAGUUCAGUGACUGGGUUGGCUCAGCAGGUGAAUUUACAAUAACCAAAUCAGGCUACACAGUGUUAGGAUAUUUGGCAUACGAAACCGUUGCUCAAAUAGUUGAUCUUGCCUUCUUGGUUCGACAGGAUCAAAAUAAAAUUUAUGGAGAUUCCAUUGACAGAUUAAGACUUAGUUAUCCGAAUCCAAUCACAUACAAACCAUAUCAAUACCCUAAGCCAAUUAUGAUAAAACCAAUAACUCCAGCUGAAGUUAGUGAAGCACUGAGGCGAUAUUGGUCACCACAACUAGAAAUAACAGGACCUUUUCAUCGGUGGACGUUGAGAAAGCCACAUAUGAAGUUCUUGUCUUGUUAGAUACUGGAUUACAUUUAAGAUCCAUCACGAUAAGGAAACGUUGAAAUUGAAAUGCAAUUGGUUAUUAACUUCUAGAUAGAAUCAAUUGACGUAAUCAGUACUACCUGAACGGACAAAUUAUUAAUUUAUCAAGAGCUAUCUUUCAAAAUUAAGACACGACCUACGUGUUGUUUCAGCAUAGCAAUACAGUUACUGCUGCAUCCGUCGGAGGAAACGAUCUUUAAAUAGAUCAUUUCGCCGGCAAAUCACAGCGCUAUGAAACCUUUUACACGCGCACAGUAUUCGAUACUGAGCUGCAUACCAACAAUAGGUUUUUUUUGUAAAAAUGAUUGAAUCAGAUGGACAGUCAAAUCUUAUAGAAAAUAUAAAUUUUUGAUAUGUAUGCUAGCGUCAAAAUACUUUGUAAAAAAAUAAAAUACCAAAACAUUUCCAAUAUAUCAAUAAAUAAACACCAAUACCAUGAUAAAAUGUUCCCAAAAGUCUGAGAAUGUAUCUUAUGAUUUGUCUAUGUAGGAAUUAAAUGUUUGUUGGAUUUUUACAUAAAUUAUGUUGAAAAUAGUUUAAUAUGGUGGAGGUUUCCGUGUUAUUCAUCUUGUGACAUACUUAAUAUUAUUCACUAUUUCUUUACUGAUCGCACAUUCUUAACAUUUUUUUAGAUUCGAAAAAUGCAGAAAACCAAUUAAAUAAAUUCUCUAAAUCCAUCACUCUGGUUAAGCAAGAUAUUUUAGAUCCACUUGUUGUUUAUAAGACGAAUUCAACGGGGGAGUCAAUAUCAUCUUCUGAUGAAAGAAGUUCUACAGAUGAUUCUUUCGAUGUCUCGUUGAUGUACGACGAAGUUUUGGUUCCUUAUUGUAAAUUUUGCCUUAAAUUCGAAACUUCUGCGGACAGAAUGGAACAAAAAUGCUGCAAAAUGUGUAACUCAAAUUUCAUCCAUGUAUUCACAAUGUCACUGCUUCAUGAAGAAGACCCUUAACAGGACGUCGCAAAUCUCAACAACCUUCACGUCAAAUUAUAUUUUUGUCCAAAUUUCAAUCAUGUGACCUACGAGAUGUAUAAAAUGUUUAUCCUCAUGUUACUUGUGGUAAAAAUCAUUACGACUCGUGCGAUGAUGAUUAAUCUUUGUGGUUAAUGUGGAUUAUUUCUAUCAAAGUUCUUAAUUAAUUAUAACUAGAUAAGCGAGAGAGCUCAAGGUUUGAACUUGCACUAUGAUACCAAUUUUACUAAUAUGACAAAUUAGUAAUAGUAUAUUACGAUACAAGUAUGAGAAAGUAUAUUCUUGUCUUAUGUGGUAUUUACCUCCUAACGAAGUGAGAAAAAUCACACAAGACGAGAAUUUUUUUCCCUAAGAUGUAUCAUACGAUAUUUUUUUAUAUGACACGUGUAAAGUUCGAUUUUGAGUGCACGUUUGUGGUCCGUAAAUUUUGACCAAUGAAUCUGAAUCAAUUUUGAUUACGUAAUAAAUGUUUAUGAUCUACAUCAUAUUUCUCUGGAAGUAUCUUUAAUACGAAAUAAUGUAUAUGAAAUUUCAAUAAACUAUUAACCCUCAUGUUGAUUGUACUAUAUUACAUUUAAUAAAUAUAUUAAGUUAACUAUUAUUUUUCAUGCAGAAGAUAAGGAAGAAAGAAGAGAUCCAAUUUACCGUAUUGAAA